UGUGGGGGAGGCCUGAUUGGCUGGAAAACUGAAGGAUCCCCAUUCUGAUUGGUUGCUCUGAGUGGGACACAGAGGAGAGAAAGCAAGAGAGAUGAAGGGUUGGUGCCUAUUUGUCCUUAGGACUGAGGGUUGUGGGUUCUAAUUGGAUGAGAGGUCUGGGAUGGGUCUGGAUUCUGAUUGAUUGCUCCAUCUGGGGGCCCACUAGUGGUUAGGCGUUUGAUUGGCUUUUUAGAACUGGCACAUGGAGAUUGAGGCUCUUCAUGCCAAUUGGUCAGUAGGACUGAGAGGCCUGGGUUCUGAUUCAUUCUUCUGACCUGAGGUCGGGAGAAGAGAGAAUGACCGCUGCUAUUAGGACUGAGGAGUUCUGAGCACUGAAGAGCUGGGGAGGGGGGGGUUUGCAGUGUAUAGCAUGUGAUCUGCCUGUAACAGUUUCUUUGCAUCAUGCUGAGGGUUACUCUACUUAGCAAAGGGCGGAGGUGAAAGGAUGCAACGCAACGCUAAUUUCACCAGCGGAAGAAGAGGAUACACACCUUAAUGAGUCCCUGUUUUGAUCGACUGAUAAGGGAAUGAGGAAAUUGAAGCCAGGACUCGAUGCAAAGUGGCUACGGAUCGAAAACGCCCACUAACCUUGGCCCGCCCCAGUCUCCACCCCAAACCUGACUCAGGCAAGAGAACCCAAGAGGGGAUGAGCCCGAACUGGGGAUGUGACAGAGCGCGAGAGCCAGCCUAAAGAGGUCCCGGAGCCCGUGUCGGAGGCCGCUGCCAUCGCGCGGCUGGCCUCAGUUUUCAGAACUACGUGGGGGAGGGAAUAGCUUUUUGUUGAACGGUGCAAGACGCUGACCUGUGCAACGGAACGUCGCCUGGUUCCUGUGUCUCUUACCAAACCGUGACUCCGGAGCACAGGACUGGGUUUGGUGGUCGUGAGCAGUUUGUGACCCUUGAAUGAAGACACCAGGCCUGGUCCUGUAUAUCCCUCGCCAGACUGACCAGGGAGAGCUGGGAUCAGGUGUUUCUGUUCCCUUUUUUUUUUUUUUUCCUUCAACUUCCUGCCUAUCCACACGCAGCCAUCAGCCCACAAAGACAUGACUACCAAUGCGGGCCCGUUGCACCCAUACUGGCCUCAACACCUAAGACUGGACAACUUUGUACCUAAUGACCGCCCCACCUGGCAUAUACUGGCUGGCCUCUUCUCUGUCACAGGGGUCUUAGUCGUGACCACAUGGCUGUUGUCGGGUCGUGCUGCGGUUGUCCCACUGGGGACUUGGCGGCGACUGUCCCUGUGCUGGUUUGCAGUGUGUGGGUUCAUUCACCUGGUGAUCGAGGGCUGGUUCAUUCUCUACUAUGAGGACCUGCUUGGAGACCAAGCCUUCUUAUCUCAACUCUGGAAAGAGUAUGCCAAGGGAGACAGCCGAUACAUCCUGGGUGACAACUUCACAGUGUGCAUGGAAACCAUCACAGCUUGCUUGUGGGGACCACUCAGCCUGUGGGUGGUGAUCGCCUUUCUCCGCCAGCAUCCUCUCCGCUUCGUUCUACAGCUUGUGGUCUCUGUGGGCCAGAUCUAUGGGGAUGUGCUCUACUUCCUGACGGAGCACCGUGACGGAUUCCAGCACGGGGAGCUGGGCCACCCUCUCUACUUCUGGUUUUACUUUGUCUUCAUGAAUGCCCUGUGGCUGGUGCUGCCUGGAGUCCUUGUGCUUGAUGCUGUGAAGCACCUCACUCAUGCCCAGAGCAUGCUGGAUGCCAAGGCCACAAAAGCCAAGAGCAAGAAGAACUGAGGAGUGGUGGACCGGGCUCGAACACUGGCCAAGGAGGAGCUCUCCGCCUGCCAGAAGAGUCUAGUCCUGCUCCCACAGUUUGGAGGGACAAAGUUAAUUGAUCUUUCACACUCAGGCUCAUGGGUGGGCACAAGAAGGGGAAUAAAGGGGCUGUUUGAAGGCACUGCUGGGAGCCAUUAGGACACAGAUACAAGAGAAGCCAGGAGGUCUAUGAUGGUGACAAUUUUUAAAAUCAGGAAAUAAAAGAUCUUGACUCUUAA